CCGAUGGUCAUGGAGUUUGUUAAACUGAACUCCCUCCAUAUCCCUUCCCCCCCCCCUUCCCCCUUUCGUCAAUGUCCUGUCCUUCAAUGAUGGGGCGGACAUUCUCUGGGCUGCGGCGAAUGAUAGUGACUCGUUUUUUGAGAUCCCGAAGAAUUAUGUUCUGAAUGCUAAAGAGAUGCAUGAUGAUGAUCUAUUGGUGGAGGCGUCCAUCCGUGAUAGUUUAGCUCUCAAGGAGAAGGUCUUUGUUGAUCUGUGGAAUGUCGACUCUCAGUUCCAUGCUGACUUGGUCAAAGGAACUCCGUAUGGGCAGGGUCUAUCAGACUCAGAUUCCGAUGAGGAUGAUGGUCUCCCCCUCACUGAGGAUCAGAAGACCUUCCAUGCCAAGUAUGUAGCUGAGUCAAAAGCCCAGUUGGCGAUAACCGUGACCUCUGAGGUCUCAGGAGACUUCCACAUGACCAGGUUUGACAAGCAUAGGAUGCUGGACUUCUCCAUUUGCAGUGGGGAAGUGCUGCCGAAUUUUUGCGGCGCCGGCACUAAGAUUUACGGCAGUGGUACGGAAGUGCUGCCGAAUUUCUGUGGCGGUGGCACUAAGUUUUACGGCGGUGGUACAGAAGUGCUGCCAAACUUUUACCGCAGUGAUGCAGGCUUUUACGGCGGGGGUACAGAAGUGCUGCCGAACUUUUGCGGCGGCGACGCAGGCUUUUACGGCGGUGUUACGGAAGUGUUGCCAAACUUUUGCGGUGACGACGCAAACUCUUACGGCGGUGGUACGGAAGUGCUGCCAAACUUUUGCGGCGGCGACGCAGGCUUUUACGGCGGGGGUACGGAAGUGCUGCCGAACUUUUGCGACGGCGACACAGGCUUUUACGACGGUGGUACGGAAGUGCCGCCAAACUUUUGUGGCGACGACGCAAACUUUUCCGGCGGUGGUACGGAAGCGCUGCUGAAAUUUUACGGUGACGACACCAGGUUUUACGGCAGUGGUGCAGAAGCACUACUGAAAUUUUGCAGCGGCCACACUACGUUUUACGGCGAUAGCGCGGAAGCGCUGUCGAUUUUUUUCACAACGACGGCACGGGAUUUACGGAGGUGACGACAGUAUUUUUGCGUUGAGCAGCAACUGGGCUUUGACGCAGAGAAGGUGCCGCUAGAGUGGUGUGCUUUGGGGUGGAGUGGACUUGACGGCGCAGUAACGCGGUGACGGCAGAAGCAAUUGGCAGUGACACUUACUGAAAAGUAAGUGGGAGGGGUGUUGUGGCAGGUGGUCGCAGCAAGAGAAUGGUGUCGAUCACUCUGUUGACGACCGGGGCGACCACCGUCACGUCAAAAGGAGCGUAAUUUUAUACGGUCUUCUUGAGUGUACCGUACAACUUCACUCAAUGUUAGUGGCUAAUCAAUUGACUCGGAGCCU